AUUCGCCUUGCGUCAUGGCAAUCCACGCCUGAUGAUACGUUAGUCCCAGCACUUACAUGGAGGCAAAAAAUAUAUUUGGUUUCUUCUCAAUAGUGGCUAGUACUAACUAUAACUAUAGUAACGAGCUGACCAUUUUUAAUAUUCUGUUACAUAUUGAUAUCUCCAUAUCUUACUUGUCACUCUUCCUCAAUAAGCAUCUGUUGCACCAGAUGACAGAUUGACGAUCAGUCUGAUCUGCCCCGAUCAGACCGAUCAACCUGUGGAUCUUCCAUCACAACUUGAACUCCGUCAAUCUUCGUAGUCAGAGAGUAAUUGCCACAAUCCCAACACAUGGUCCCGACGGCUCUAUAUUCCAACAAUGAACGACAUUAGUUCAGCUUGCUGUCAAGGAUCGUUGGGCCGGAAACAGCUCACUACCAUUCGUUCCAUCGUGUGCGUGGUAUCCAUCCCUGUCGGUAAGGGCGUGUGCCACCCAUCAACCUGUGACAACCAGUCACUCAGCUCGACUGUUCAGCCUUCUGUUGUGGUAAGGUAAUAGCCGCCGUCUGUUUGGCUCGGGAUAGGCUAGGCUGUAUGCUGGCUGGACUUGCCCCUCCUGAUCUCUAAACGAACUACUGGUGUCUUUUGGCCUAUGAGGGUGGGUUCUUUGGGGGAAUGGCCGCGUCAUUGGAUUUUGAGGGAGGGGGUCGGUAGGUGUGGUUCUUGUU